AUGAUAGUGGUGGUGGUGGUAAUGAUGAUGAUGAUGGUUAGGAAAAAAAAUGAUGGUUGGAGCCACGGUCUAGUCUGCUGGCACUGCAUCGCUGACAACUGUGACAUGAACCCCGAGGAGAAUUCCCGCGCAGAGCAGAAGAGCUGUUUGGAGGGUCAGACGUGUCAGAAAGUUUUCUUCGAGAUGGAGAGCGACAUAGACGACAACAAGUACAGGUCAACGGUGCGCAGCUGUGCCGAUGAGUGCAUUCCGCACAACGAUUUCAUCAACUGUUCAUCGGAACUGCGCACCACGCGGGGCUGCGUCAAGCGGGCAUGUUGUAAUGAUGACGAUCUGUGCAACAGUGGCGACGCCACGCAUUCACAACCAUGGACUGUUGUGUAUCGCAUUUGGUUUCUGUUAGUCAUUCGUCUUGUGUUCAGACGAUGCCAUCUUGUAUAA